UCUCCGCAUUAUAGUUGUGUCAAACCUUAGCGCGGAGUGGAAGUCAUGCAAUGAAAAUAUUAAUAGAUUUAAUUACGGUGUGAAAAUAUUUGCUACUAAAUCGUGAUUUAUUUAUUUUAGGUAAAAAUUCAAAAUGCUGACAGGAUGGCGGCUUGCACUAUCAAAACUAUUCAUAAUACCACAGCGAUAUGUACUAGCUGUAAUGUCACUGUUUGCUAUAGCAAAUGCGUACACAAUGAGAGUGUGUCUCAAUUUAGCAAUCACUCAAAUGGUCAAAAGAACUGUUGCAGUUGAAGGUGACGCACAUUACGACCCGAAUGCUUGCCCGGAUUAUAAUAUAGUAUCUAAUAGUACUGAUUCCAUAACAGCCAUAGUUACAAAUGAAGGAUUUGAAUGGAGCGAAGCGACUCAGGGACUCCUUCUGGGUUCAUUCUAUUACGGAUACGUGCUGACCCAUUUACCUGGGGGCAUGUUGGCGGAGAGGAUUGGCGGAAAGUGGGUGCUUGGACUGGGAUUAUUGUUUACUGCAACUUGUACAUUGAUAACACCAUAUGCGGUGAAAAUGGGCGGGGCAACAGCGCUCUUCAUACUGCGAGUAAUCGAAGGUCUCGGAGAAGGUCCAACUAUGCCUGCCCUUAUGUGCAUGAUUUCAAAAUGGGCUCCUAAAACCGAAAGGGGUCGAAUGGGUGCUAUAGUAUUUGGAGGUGCCCAGAUUGGAAAUAUCUGUGGAUCCUAUUUUUCAGGUCUAAUAAUGCAUGAAGGCAGUUGGGAAAAUGUGUUUUACUUAUUUGGUGGAUUAGGUGUUCUUUGGUUUAUUAUUUGGACAUUGAUUUGCUACAACACUCCGAAUACUCAUCCUUUUAUAUCUGAUAGCGAGAAGAAGUUUCUAAAUGAAAAUGUAGACGCGUUGAUUUAUAGCGAGCGUCAGAAACUGGACCCUGUGCCUUGGAAAGCAGUGAUUCGUUCAGCACCGCUGAUAUCACUUAUUAUAGCUGCUGUUGGACACGAUUGGGGAUACUUUACGAUGGUCACAGAUCUCCCCAAAUAUAUGACAGAUGUACUGAAAUUCAACAUCAAGUCUACAGGCUUACUGUCUGCUAUGCCGUACGUUGCUAUGUGGAUCGCGUCCUUCUUCUUUGGCGCACUGUGUGAUUUUUGUGUCAAGAAACGCAUACACAGUAUACAAAAUGCAAGAAAAAUUUACACAACUAUAGCUGCAACUGGUCCUGGUAUAUGUAUUAUAAUGGCAUCAUAUUCAGGUUGUAACACGACUUUAGCAGUAUUUUGGUUUAUUGCUGCUAUGACAUUAAUGGGUGCUUACUACACUGGUAUGAAAGUUAAUGCGCUAGAUAUUACUCCCAACUAUGCUGGAACAGUCACUGCAUUGGUGAAUGGUACGGCUGCCAUUUCUGCAAUCAUAUCGCCGUAUCUCAUUGGUCUUCUUACGCCACAGUCGACACUCAAACAAUGGAGAAUUGCAUUUUGGGUUUGCUUAGCGAUGCUCGUUGUUACAAACGUUAUCUAUAUUAUUUUCGCUAAGGGUGAACAGCUCUGGUGGGAUGACGUGAAAAAGCAUGGAUACCCUCCAGGAUGGAAACACGGGUCACUCCCAACAAGAAAGAAGGACUCUGAAAAUACAAACCAAACCGAAGUAAAAACCAGUGAGAAGCAAUAACUUUUUUUAAGGAC